GACAAUGAAUGCAAAGUAGCUCAGGCAUGGCAACGAUGCGGCGUUAGCUUCUGGCUUGAAAUGCGAGCAGCGAGCAGUUGAAAUUUGGAUUGCGAGCGGGAGAGACGGAGAAACGAGAUGCUCUCUUCCCCCACUAAUAACACAUUAGACACCAAGGCGGUGACGCUUGCCUUAACUGUUCUUAUAAAUAGCCUUAUCCACUGCUGAUGUGAUGUUAGAAGAACGAUAUAGACGGGUGCUUAAUCAAGACAAGUUGGUUACCAAUGAAUGCUAUGAUUAUGGAUCAUGAAGACCCUGACAGGUGGGAGUCUGUGUCACACGUUGCCGCCUCUAAGAUAGCGAUGGUCACUACUCAGCUGGCCGAACGUCUGGCCGCGGAAUGGAACGCAACACCAACAGUAACUGUAUCGCUGACCAACGUCGAGGUGGAACACGACAUCAUUGACGACGUCCCUGCCAUCGUCAGUGACCCUGAUCAGCAAACCGAAACUGCUAUCAUUGCACUCAAAGCCGUGCUGGUUAUUUUUCUAUCCUUUAUUGUAACUAUCUCGAAUGCAGUUGUAAUACAUGUGAUGAGACUGGAUCGCAGUUUACACACAGUGGGGAAUUUAUUUACCGCCAGUCUUGCUAUUGCAGAUCUUUGUGUGGGUAUUUUUGUUAUACCGUUCAAUGUUUUUGAUAUUUUAUCCGUGCGAGGAUGGCAGGCCCAUCCCAACGCAGUGAGAAGUAUCUGGAUAACACUGGACUACUUUUUCACCACGUCAAGUAUUAUGAACCUCGUGCUACUCAAUCUUGAUCGCUUCUGGUCGAUCACGUCGCCUAUAAAAUACAUCCGACAACGAACCCGUCGACGAGCCUUGCUUUUGAUUGCGUGUGUGUGGGGUGUACCUGUUGUGUUCAUAUUUGGUCCCGCAACCACGUGGAAGUUUGCCUUCACCAGUGUUCCUGUGCCAUCUCGCACUGUUUUUGUGAACUAUACCGUCGGGUCGUGGUUGAUGGCUGCCGGUGCCAUCUUUAUCUACAUCAUUCCACUCUUCAUACUUUGUGCAAUUUAUUCUCAGAUCUACCGCGCCAUUCACCGCCGAUCUAAGAUGGACGUCGGUCGUUCAAGUAUAGCAAGUAGUGCGAUGUCAACAAGGCCUGGUAGCUCUCGACGGGACAGUGAAUCUCAACAUAAUUUCAUUACCGAGCACGAGCUUCAGAGAUUGAAGGGAAUCUAUGAGAAGACUGUCCGAAGGGAACGAGGGGAGCGGCAGCUUAUGGCUAUGAUAAGAAGGCGGAGCCGAGGGUAUGGAACAGGAGCUCGUGAAAUAAGACGAUACGCGAGCAUUGAUGAGGAGGAUCAUGAAGUACACGGUGAUGAGAACGAAGAAAACGAUGCCAAUGACCGUCAUGAAGACCAAGAGUUAGGUGACGGUUGUAGUAUUUAUGAAGGUGUCAAUGACCACUCUGCGCCAUCAAGUGAUGGAAAGCUAGCAGACGCUGAGUCCAACGAUGCUGAACAUGAUGAUGAUGACGAUGGAAGCAUAGGGCCAUACGAGAUACGAGAAGGAGAAAAGGAAGCUUUGAUGACGAGUGUAAAAAAUAUAGAAAAUGAACAUAGAUUAUCGAUAAUUGGAACACAAAGGGAAGAUACAGAAAUUAGUAUCUCGCCGAUUAUUCGAGCAAGGAAAAGAAUUGAUCGAAUGUCUAUUGAUUCGGCGACGAACAGCCCCAAGCCCCACCUUUCACCUUGUUCGCUCAAACCAGAUCGAUUAGAAUGUGAUUUAUUUUCAAAUGGAAUGGUUAUGUGUCCGAAUUGUCCGAAUAGCCGCGGUUCAAGCCGCGGUUCCAGUCCAAAUAGGCGACUCGGUACGAGCAUGGACGACACAUGUGAGAGUAUGAAUCGAUUGAAUAGGUCACCGGCCAAAACUCAACCACCUUCGAUCCCCACAACACCGGAAAGAGCAACGACAGUUACAUCCAACUCGCAACCAAAUACAGACCAAAAUGUGCCCCUUCACCAAAAUGGAGACGUCAUGCACUGCAAUGGGAUACUCCAAAAACCAUUUACAGAGUCGAUAUUGACGUCGAUGCAAGAAAGUUCUUUUACGACUUCAAGCGAAAAUAUCGAGACAUCACCCCGGAGUGACGAGAGAUCGAUCUCUCCGACGGAGAGUGAUCAUGUUAUCCUAUCAGAUAUCGAGAGUGAUACGGGGCUACCCACCUCCCCAAAACGGCGGACAUCGUUUUCAUUUGAUCUCAUCAAUGAGGUCACUCAUUGUCGAUGUAAUAACGUGGUCAUCGAUCCACGACCGACUUCGAGGAGUUUAUCGUAUCCAAAAAACGACAACAGAAAUUCUCUUACAUUUCCAAUGGAUGUCUCAUCUAUGAACGGAUUCCGUAGUCGCGUUCGCAAGUCGUUAAGCUCUUCCUUAACAGCUUUAGGCGGACGAGGAAGCAAAGCGUUAAUGCUGUUGCGCAAACAGGACAAAGCUGCCAAACAACUGGGGAUAAUCCUAACCUGUCUCAUUGUCUGUUGGACGCCAUAUUUCUUCCAAGUGCUACUUUAUUCCUUCAUGUAUGACGUCAGCAAUACCACUGCCAUGACGAUAUCAGUGUAUUUGGGCUACGCGCAUUCAUUUCUAAACCCCGUUCUUUACGCGCUCUUUAACCUGAGAUUUCAGAGAGCGUUUAGACAUGUUUUAUGUGGAUGUUGUUUACGCGCAGAGACAUCACCUCGUCUACCGUGUAGUGUUCCACCAUCUCUCAUCUGAUAAUGUGGAUUUUUACUUGGAUAAUGGCAGCCGUCCUGAUAUUCCCUUCAGAAACAUGAUUCAUCUAUUACAUACAGUUCAUUAAGCAAUCAUAUUUUGUUGAUAAUUUCAGAUUAUUCACGUCACAUUAUUGUUGUUGACAAAAUUUUUACGCUUAUCAUAUAAUGUAUAUUCAUAUGUAAAUUUGAAAUUGCAUAGAAAUUAUUUUUUACCAAAGAUAUAACAUUAAAUUUCAAUGAAGAUGUAAUUGAAAUGUAUUAGUUUUGUAAAUGAAGAUAAUACAAUUUGUAUAAUUAUCAUCGAUAGAGUAUAUCCAUGAACACAAAAAAAAUGUUUGAUAUUAUUCAAGAUCAGUUUUUAAGUAUCUGCCAGAAAAUCUGAUGUCGAGAGUACGUUCAUGUUACUUUAAAAAAAAUUGAUGAUCUUAUAAUGCACCAUUCUUUGUUAAAUAUGUUGAUGUUUUCAUAAUAAUAUACCUCUAAUUGAUUGAUAGGCCAGUAAUCCUAUAAUCAUGACAUCAUUAUAAAUAAUGCGCUCAGAACUUUGUUGAUGCAGUUGUGCGCUCUAGGCUUUAAAUGCUGGUUAAUUAGCCAGUAACUGUGCUAAUUUGAGUAUUCACAUAUUUGAGAAGAGUUUUUGGAGCCAAUAAUAUUGUAUAAAAAUGCACGUGCUUUUUACAGAGGCAGCUUUACACGA